AUGUUGCGCGUUGGAAUUUAUCUGUGCUUGAUCGUUGGCGCUUUUGCCCUUCAAUUGGAGCCGGGCUUAUGUCCAUCCAAACAGACGUCAAGAGUUGUCGUCGAAGCCCAUUUCGACCACAGUAGAAUAUCCAAUCAGCUGCACGCUCCAGGCUUCGGGAUUUUCGAGAAUGAAUUGCACAUCCUCGAUACAGAUUAUGACAAUUACUUUAUAAUUAUCGGCUGUGAAGAGUUUGGCAAUCAACACUUGCUCCAAGUCUGGGUUGAUACCAGAGAUUUGUAUCCGAAGAUGGAUGUAGUUGCGAUGACUAAAAAAGUAAUGAGAAACUAUGGUUUUCGAUCUAUUAAUUUCGCUACGGUUGACAACAACAAUUGCGGGUUUUAA